AUGUCUGGACCCCGAGCCGCUCCCCGGACCCCCCGCCCAACAGGCGCCGAGGACCCCAAGGUGCCUCCGAACCAGCAGCAGGGCUGCCCAGGAAGGGUGGUGACCACACUGCCCCUUGUCCCCAGUUCCUUCUGGCCUGCACGUCAGGACUCCGUCACCAGCCUGCACCUCCUCCGAGAGACAGCAGCGGGGCUGGCGGAGCCCCCUGCCCAGGACACCCCGGCCCGGGGCCCCUGCUGGGAGCGGAAGGCCCUGGGGGUUUUGGAUCCUCCGCCCCUGGCCGGGGAUCCCAGGGCCAUGCUGACCCCAACUGGUCAGCGAGGACGCGGCCUGGGGCCUCCUGAGAUUUCCGCAGCCCCUCCAGCCCCACCUCGGAGGAGGCCCCGGAAGCAGUCAAACCCCCGCCAGGGCGCCGAGAAAGUGGACCCUCGGUUCGCGGGAGUGACCCUGAGGUUUCAGAUAAAGCCGGAUUCCAGCCUUGAGAUCAUCCGCAGCUACAGCCUGGCCAGCAGCAGCCGCUCUCAGGCUCCCCCUACAGGCCCCGAGGCCAACCCAGGAGGCAGCGAGGCCCUGGAGCCCAGGCGCUGUGCUUCUUGCAGGACCCAGAGAACCCCACUCUGGAGAGAUGCCGAAGAUGGGACACCUCUCUGCAAUGCCUGUGGCAUCAGGUACAAGAAGUAUGGCACCCGGUGCGCCAGCUGCUGGCUGGUGCCCAGGAAGAAUGUGCAGCCCAAGAAGUUAUGUGGCAGAUGCGGGAUGUUCCUGGGCCCCGACCAAGGCCCACCCCAGGAAGGGGACCCCAGGCAGAAGAUCCAGGCCUCAGGCCCUAGAGCCCUUGUCUCAGAGGUUCACUGGCCUCUUCCUUGGCCCCUGCUUGGCUGAGCUCCCCCUCAGGAAGUGUUCGCAGUAGGAACUCGUGCUGUUUGUGAAUAGAAUGGACAAUAAAGAGCAGAACUCCUCAGAGAA